AUGAAUUGGGUGGUCUAUAUUCAUCGAAUUUCGAUACAUAGAUUUAACUACUUCAUGAAGUUUAUACAAAGUCAAAUAAGAGAAAUUAAUACAACCUUAUCGCGUCAUUUGCGAGUUUACAGUUUACUCUCAUGUGUUAUCUGGUUAUUACUUAUCGGUGCAUUCUUACGCACAACUUGGAAUGUAUCCUAUUUAAUCGUGAAUCAAUCAAGUUAUGGUGAUAAUGCAAAUUUAAACAAAUAUGAUGAUCAUUGGAAACCAACUAUUCAUACUGUAUCACGGUUAACUGAUGCAAUGCUUAAUUUAUGGCCUGUGUAUAUUGCGAAACAUAUUCUGCCAUCAAGUGAUAUAACUUUGAUUACUUUUAGUAGUCAGUCACCGUUUCCAUUUGCUAGUCAGUUAAAUUCUGUAAUGGAAUUCGAUAAACGAGAACAGUACCGAGUAUUCUUAACUAAUGCAUUUCAUGGUUUGAUCACCCGAUUAAUAUGGAUUUAUCCAUCCUGGAAACAAUCAUCUGUCAAUCAAUUUUAUAAGAAAUCACAAUUUCAUGUUGGUUUAGCUCAAAUAAACUUAGUGGAAGAUGAUGACGAUAACAAUAAAAAUAAUACUGCUACUACUAAUAGUAAUACUGGCUUGGAUGCUAAUUUUCCAUCAAGAAUUGCAACUUUUUGUUUAUGUAAUCCGGCUGAAAACUUUUGCAGUUUACCGUUGCUACCCUCAUCAACGAUUCACAUACCAAGGGAAUCUUGUUCAGUGGCUAACAGUUUUAUUUAUGAAGAAAUAGUUGAUUUAAUGGCUGAAUCAAUUUUAUCUCAAGGUGGAAAUGAACGUUCAACAAAGGAUUUAAUUUAUUUGUUUUCGCUUGAAUCGUAUUUUCAAUCAGACAAAUCAACGUUAUCCAAAAAAUCAUCAUCACCGCCAUCUCAUACUUCAUCAUUUCAUAAUAAACGAACUGUGUGGAUUGAUUAUCUAUCCAUAUUACACAUAGAUAUGAAUUAUUUUAUUGAAUCUAUUACAACAGUGAAUAAAACACCAUCUGAUUUAUCGUCUUGGUUUAUUGAUUAUCUUCGUAUGAAUUCAUUGAAUGACAGUAGUGUAAAUUUCAGCACAAUUGAGCCUCUACUGAAGAAUGAUUACAUGAGUUCAAAAAAGAACGUUAAUCAUAUUGUUGACAAUAAAGAUAAUAACAUUAAUGGCAAUCACAUUCCAACUGUACCAGCUUUAAUAAUUCAUCAGUACACUAUGUUAUUAAAAGACGUGUAUAAUAAGUUAUCAUAUUUAUCAUUAGCUGAACAUGAUCCUUUAAUUAAUAAUAUUAAUCAAUUCAUUAAUUCAAUGCUUCUUUUUAUAACUACACAUGAUCCGAAUCUAUUAUCAUACUGGUCAAAUCAAUCAUUGAUAUCUAGUACAUCUUGUUGUUAUUUAAAGCCUUCCAUUGAAUUACUUUCAUUAAAUUUAAAUGAAAAUAUUAAUGUUUUUAAUCAAUGGAAAGAUAAAUAUCGGAUAGCAUUUUAUUAUCUUGAUAAUUAUUGUUCACAUUCGGAUGCAAUGAUUGAUGUUUUAUUAAAUAAACCGACAAUUAUGGUUGGUGCGAAAAAAGAAUUAUCAAGAUUAUGGAGUUGGUUAUGUAAAUUGAAUUCAGUUACAUUAAAAUUCAUUAGCCAAUUUGUAGUCUGUACCUAUCAAAAUGAGAAUCAUAUACAAUCAAUUGGUUUGUGUAAUCGUGAAAAGUUCUCAUUAAUUUCAUUUGAUGAAAUACCUAAAGUUCAAAGAAGUCCUUUUACGCUAUAUACAUUACAAAGUAUCAUCACGUAUUUACCUCGUCCAUUAUCUGUGAAUUUAGUAAUGCAUCCAUCAUGGGAACAAAUUCUUCAUAAAAUGCAUCUGUCUACUGAAUUGUGCAAUAUGCUCAAUGAAUAUAUUCUAAAUAAACAGGAUAAACAUCUUUCGCGGGGGAAGAACAAGAAGUAA